GUACGAGGAUUAGGGACGAAGUCAAACAAACCUGCCGUCCUCGCUGAAGGAAGCGCGAGUGAACCAGAGACGCCGUCGGGAAAGGAUUUGGGUUGUGGAGACUCAGGGAGAGACCACAACGCCGGAAAUUGUCCAAGGGAGGACAAGUUUCCCCAAGGGUCGGCUGGGACAAAAAGGACGCAACUUGAUGAGGAUGGAGAACUGGGACGUUCGUCGAGAGACUCGAACCACGGAAAGCGCCACAACAAAGGGAUGGGAUGCGACCUGCGAAAAAAGAGGGAACCCCCGGAAGAAACAGCGGACGAGUACCCGAGCGAGAUCCUGGAAGAAUAUUUUAAUGAGGAAACGACAGCAGGACCACCUGACGUAACGCCGAAACUCACUUACGAUGAAGCUCUGACAAGCAAUAGUGUCGUAACGGAAAAGAAGGAAGAUGACGACACAACGGGAGAACCAAUGGACGCAACACGAAGACCCCACUGCGACGAAACAGCGACAGAACAAGGCAGCACGACUGAUCAGCUGGAAAAAACAAUGACCGACUACCCUAUGGAAAUAUUAGAAGAAUACUUUAAUAUGCCGACGGAAUCAAUGGACAAAACUUUGGCACUUACCUGUGAUCAAGCCGUGAACGAAAGUAUUGGGAUAAUGACCAAAAGGGAUGACGACGCAAGGAAUAGAAAAUCCGCGACGAACCCUAAGGAACGACAAGAGUACAAGGAGCCCCAAUACCCCUUCAGAAACGACGAGCACCUAGAUGAUGAGGAGUCAAACACGUUACUAAACUUACCAGACAACCCCUACAAUGGAAGAGAGCGACCGACCAGCACAGAUGAUCGCGAUCAGGGAGGAGGACACGACAUCGCGCGAAAUGACACGGAGCCUGGCAGAACCAAUGGAAGAAGGGAUGAGUUAGACAAAAUGAACCGAAGAGAAGACCACCCGACGAGUGGAGAGAUGAAACCUCGAACAGAUGGACGAUGGCGACGAAAGAUGAAAGAAGCUAUAACGACGAAUCCGACAACGUUACCCGGAGAAACGCAAAGACCACAUGGGACCAAAAGGUCAUCAGACGAAAAAGAAAGAAGAAGCAACGUCAUCAACAGUUUAUCACAAAUUGCAUCAAGACCUACCGCGAUCCAACCAGGCGCAAAAAGAGGAAAAAACGGAUACUAG